CCGGUCGGGAGGCCGUUACAACUCUGGGACUCGGAGCGCCAUCACCGACCUAAAGACUUGUGAAGCAGGCUGGGGCAAGGCGUACGUACACCUUGAGGAUGACUAGAAACAUGAGGACAAAGAUUGGCUUGAUACUGAAAGAAUGCUCUUCGGUUCAGGCCUAGCAGUUUUCCUUCUCUUGGCCACAUCCAAUGCACGUACUGUUGCCCAGCCCUGUCUGUGCUCAGCGCUGCCGCCUGCUGGGCUCCGAGUAAACUGCAGCUCUCUGAACCUCAUGGAGGUGCCUCAUCUCCCUCCAGACACUACAGAGCUCCACCUACAGGACAACCAGCUCACCACAGUAUCUCCGGGCUCAUUUGACAGACUGCUGGGACUGAGGAGGGUCUCCCUCUCUGGGAACCCCUUCCACUGUGACUGUAGGAUCCAGUACUUGAGAAACUGGCUGUUGAAAAAUAGGGCUGUUAUUUCUAUGGACCCCAUCUGUGCCAGUCCCGACUCUGUGGCCCGUACAGCGGUCACCCAACUCAGCGAUGAACACUUCCACGCCUGUGCUGAGCGGACGUGUGCUGGUGGAGCUUAUAAUAUCCUAUUGGGGGGGAUGCUAUGCUGCCUCAUAGUUCUUCUGAUGUGGGGCCUGAGACUGGCAAAGCGUGCAUCUUUCACUUUGGACAUUGAUGAGAGACACACAAGAUUUGGGGCCAACUCUUUGUACUCACUGAGGCCCAAACACAGGAGGCGGCUUCGGGGCACACCAUCAGAAUUCAGCGGGAGCUCAGCCUCUCUCAACUGGACGGAGGAUUUAGAAACGGCGCUUAUCAAUAUGGAGUUAUUGCCACAAAUACUGGACGUACUGCACAAAAAGCACAACAUAAAAAUAAAGGCUAAUUGAGAGAUUUUGUUCUGCGUAGAAAGGACUCAGCGUUCAGCUGGUGCUGGUGAACAUCUUACUGAUUAGCGAAGUUAUCAUUUUACUAUUGCAUGCCUCGAAUAGACCUGACGUUACAGAAGAAGUAUAAUUCACAUUAUGAAUGUCUAUAGUUGUAAAUAUUCCAUGUUAAACGUUGUAACAAAUAAAGCAUCGUAACAAAGUAAUCACAGUACAUGUGAAUAAGAGAAGUGGAGACAGUGACAAGGUAACACAAAUUAUUUAUUUUUUGCAAUGAAGUAAUUUUUUUUGUUUAUUUGCUGUGUUUCUUAAUAGGUAAACAAUGGGGUAGGAAACUAGCAAGUUCCUAUUUUUGAAACACAGCCUGAUUUCAUUCAGGUAACACUUACUUAUCAAGGUAUGCAAUGCACCAAAUGGAAUUUAUGGUUAAUUCUUUGAUAAAAAGAUAUCUUAAACUAUGUUCAUAUCUACAGUAUAACUAUAAAUGUCAAGUUACAGGGGUUGUUUUUUUGUUUUGUUUUUACAAUCCAAAAUCUAUUGCAUUAAACAUAGUGCUUUAAAAAGGGUGUAUUUACCGACACAAAUGUUAUGGUAGCAUUUAACAAGGAUGUAACUGUAUGAUCUGUGCAAAUACUGAUCAAGGGUUAGAUAACUAGACAUACAGACAAGUACUAUUAGAAGACAAUAUUGCACUGUGCACAGCAAACAUUUUUACAGUACAAACAUUAUUCUCAGUAUAUUCAUGCAUAGAUUGAACAGGUUAAAUGGGUAAUCAUUGAAUAAAAAUGCAAUGAUUAAAGUUGCCUUGAGAUCAAGAGUAAUAUAUGAAUUUCAUAAAAAACAGUGGUAAAUUCUGGUAAUAAAUAUAGGAUGACUUUAUAAUUUUUAAAACCAAUCUAAAACUUCAUAAUCUAGGAAAAUAUUUAUUGAUACUGUCAAAUAAGGCAGUCAUUAAAAUGUCCAUCUCUCAAAAACAGGUAAUUGUGCAGAAUAUGACUAAUAAAGGGACUAUAACAAAAACAAUACCAAAUAUCAGUUAACACUUGGAGAGCAUUUAAGUCAGAGUAAAUCCAAUUAUAACUGUUAACGUAACAAUUUCAAGAUGACCUAUGUUACUUAAAUGCCCUGACAAUUUGUUAAGCAAUGUCCGCAGUGUUGUAUUUCUAAGAAUCUAUGCAUGAAGUGGUCUUUUCCAGUUAAUAUAUUAUACCCAUUGCCC